AUGGACGCCCAUCAUCACUCGUAUCAAGCUCUCAGUAUGAAGCGGAAAUCACACUACCUCGCUCGGCGCGCGAAUGAUACCUCGCCAACCAUCAUCAUUUCUGUCGCUGCUGCUAUCGGUGGACUGCUCGCUCUCUUUAUUCUUUGGCGUGUCAUACUUCACCGGCGCCAACGGGGAUUUGCGAACCCACUUCCGCCCGUUCAGCCCCUUGCCCACAUCCGCGAACACCAACUCACCGCUUUCUCCGCUGAGCCCAAGAUAGACAACUUUCGCUCGCUCCACGCCCGUACCAGAAGCAAUACCUCUCUGCUACAGACUGGCUCUAGUACCUGGAACGCGGAUACCAGCCCUGACGUCUCUGUCUCCUCUUCACUCAAUCACGAGCCCCUCACCGUGCCGGACGAUCGUAUCCUUCCCAUCCCUCAGCCUCCAUAUUUCCCGCCUCCAGCUUCCGCCCACGGACCUGGACAUCGCCGCGACAACUCAGUAUCCUCUACAUUCCCCUCAAAUGAUUAUGGAUCCCUCUCUGCCCCUGCAGCAUCGGUGUCCAACUCCUCGUCCUAUCGAUCUCUCCCUCGCUCCAAUUCUCGACCCCGAUCUCGUAUUGGUGCUGCAUCCCGCAGUACCUACUCCGUCGUCUCGUCCGUGUCCGACGUCUCCGGACAAGCUUCACGUAGUCGCAGCAGUGGUCUCCCGCAUGUCCACGGAAAUUUUCAGAUCGUCCUUCCGAAGCCCCUCGCGCCGGAGCUCUACCCCUAUGACAGCGUCAGCGACGCUGUAGGCCCAGGACUACCCAACAACCUAGGAAUGAGAAGAAGUGUGCUUAUCCCGGAGGCCAAUACCGCAUCUUCCUCGAGAGCGCUAUCGGAUAGAUGGCUCUCAGUUGGAAAUCUUGAUAGUGUGGCGAGCAUGCAAACCGCCACUGGGGAACCUCAAUUCCGUAGAAAUAGACAACGCACAAGGAGCCGGUCUGGUGAGCCCGAGAUCUUACUUCAGUCCUUCGUAUACUCCCUCACAAGUCUUCGUCCAACCGUUCCUAUCAAUAAAUCAGCCGGGAAUAACCUAUCAGUCGCCGCUCCCCAAACACAGCGCCGGUCACCAUCCAGUCCUCCCAUGUCCCGCUCGCAUCACGAUAUCCUACCGAACCUUCCUAUACCCGGCCCGAACAUACUGCCUCAACUCCAAACCUAUGCUGACUCGUACAUGGCGCCCGUUCCCCCCGUUCCAUCGUCGGCAUACUCCCGAGACCAGCUGCCGCCUGACUCUCUCCACGAGAAGGAAAUGGCCUUCCCACCUCCUUUGCCGUCAAAAACGAAUUUGAAGCAUCUGGGUAUGGUGGAUGAGAGGAUGGUUUCGAACGCUGAGAAACUUUACGUGAAUGUAGAGGGACACUGA